AGUGCGUGCCGAAAAAAAAUAUAAUGAGAAGUUAACGAUUAAAAGUAUAGUUCUGAUGAGAAUUUCAGUUAACGAUCGCGUCCGAUGGGAAGGAAAGGGCGAUCACGGCCGGAGUACGGAUCAAGUCGGCUGGGAUGCCUCUGAGCUGAGAUCAUAAGGAAUCAUGGCCGAAGAAGCUGCACUCGAAAAUUUACCAGUAAAUAGUUUUUUUUGCCACAAAUGCAACCGAGAAAUAAGCUCUGUCCUGCCUGAUUUUACAUGCCCUACAUGCCAGUGCGGUUUUAUAGAGGCUUUAAACAAUCCUCCAGAACAAAAUGAUGAUAGUGAUAUGGAUCUCGAGGGAAUUCCCUUUGAUGAGGUGAGUAAUGCAUUAAAUGUCUUCCAUGAUAUGUUAUUCACCUCAGGGAAUGAAGAGAGGCGGGGGAGAGGACGCCGAUCCGGAAGGGAAAAUUUCAGAGCUGGCAGAAUGAGGCAAUUCAAUAUUGAUGCCCCUAUUGAAACAUUGUUCCAAGACUUCGUCAUGAAUCUUGCAGAGGUUGGAGGUGGAUGGGCCGGAUCUAACACAAUCGGAGUAGGAACUGGUAGGGGCGGUGGUGGUCCUGUUUUACUGCUUGGAAACCCUGGAGACUAUGCCUGGGGAAGGGAAGGAUUGGAUGCAAUUGUGACACAAUUACUUAACCAAAUGGACACCACAGGACCACCCCCUUUGGCAAAAGAGAAAAUUAACGAAAUUCCUACGACUGUGAUCACCAAAGAGCAAGCUGAUAUAAACCUUCAGUGCUCAGUUUGUUGGGAAGAUUUCAAGGUGGACGAACCUGUGAGAAAGUUACCAUGUGAACAUGUUUACCAUGAAAAUUGUAUUAUCCCUUGGCUUGAACUACAUGGGACUUGCCCAAUAUGUCGCAAGACAUUGAUCGAGGAUGGAAGGGCCGAAGAUUCAGACAGCUCAAGGAAUAAUGUCGUCGGAAAUAGUUUGGCAACAUUAUUUCGGUAUGCGAGCGAAAACAACUCUAGGACACCAUCAUCCUCAUCCACAACAUCAUCAUCUGGUAAUAAUACGAGCACUUCGUCGUCAUCUAGACCCGAUUUCAAUAUGGAUAUAGAUUACGAUUAAAAGGUAUUUUUAAUUGGAUAAAAAGUUUCGAUUGAAGUUGAAAAUUAUAUAUUGUAAAUACACUCUUAGCUCCUAAUAUAUUUUGAAUGUCAGGAAGGUUGUCUUGCUGAUGUAUUAUUCUUUAUUAACAAUCUACUUAAUGUUCACUUUAAACAAAAAAUGCUUAUGUUUUCCCCGUACACUGUUAUGAUGAUUGUUUGCACAUAGAAUCAAGCUACCAAAUGGUUUAUCUUGAAGCAUCCAUUGAUAUUGAAAAAAAUAAAUAAAACAUGAAGGUAUGUUCAAACUUAGAACAUUCCAAGGUAGGAAACAUUGGCAAAUAAUAAAUCUGAAGCAUAUAUGUAAAUUUACUUAUGCAGCUAUCUUCUGUAUUCUUUUGUCUUUUUCUUUUCAACGAGCACUUUGUUUUAUCCCACAAUUUUAAAGUUCGUUUUAUGUUUAGUACUGAAGAGUUUAGGGUAAAUUAUGUCCUAGUCAAUUUUAUUUUUUUUUUUUUUUAAUUAAUUUUUUCACAAUUUAUGGUUCAAUACAAAAUAAAACUAGCCUUGUAUAAUAGUAGAAACAAAUUUGAAAUUGUGAAUUAAAAUCUAAUUUAAUUUUUCAUGAUUAUACAUUGUGCAGGUUCUUGAUAAAGGGAAAGGAUGGCCAAUAAAUUAUUCCUAGGGAUUAAUAUUUAUAUUAAAUAUAAAGAAAAACAACCCUGCGUUGUUUUCUAAGGAUCCAUUUCCAUCCAAGUUGUUUUGAAAAUGUUUGCAAGUAAAACAUCCCAGAUACAUUGAAACCUAUUCCAGAUAAUACAUGUUUAUUCCUGUGUACAUAUGCUACCUGUCUCGUAUUUUUACUUUUUAUGAUACUUAAUGGAUCAUGUAAAUUUGAAGUUUAGAUAAAGCUUCUAAACAUUUUUAUUUUAUUUUAAUAUAGUUAACUUUUGUUUUCUAUUAUUUUGAAGCCAUAAAUUUCCUUUUUUUAAACAAAUUCAUUGUCACUGUGUUACUAAAUUGAAAAUAGUUCUCAAUUUAAUUAUGCCUGUAAAGUUCCAGUGAUUAGAAAAACUGUGGAUGUUCAAGAUCGAUAGGUUUUUGUUUUUUUGUUCAAUUUAUUUUAUAAUCACAGAAAAACAAACUUGAAUUUGAAAUUUUUCUGAAGAAAAAAAAUCCAAAUUUAUAUACAAAUAGCAUCAUGUUUUUUGUCUAAAUAUAAUAAAGAAUAAGGAAAUAUAGGAAUGUAAAAGACAAAUGUUACAAUUAAGAAUAAAAUAUUCGAUGUACUUGUAAGUAUUGUUAUUCAUAUAAUAUCAAAUUUCUUAAAGCGAGUUGUGUUUAAGAAGUAUUAGCUCUGUAUUUUCUCAAUAAACAGGUCGUUGACCUGUUGAAUCUGUGAUGGGCUUUUUAUCUGUGGAUGAAAUAAAUCAGUCUUUUAAUUUGUUGAUAUUUAUUGAAAAGUAUAAUGUAGUGUGACAAUAUAAAACGAAAGAAAAAAAAACCAAGCCUCUGUAAUCUUAUUCUCUUUUUGCCAAGUGAUGAUCAACCAUAUUUGUUUUAAAUUAUUGUUGAAUGUAAUUAAAAAGGAAUAUUUUUCCGGA